UUCAAACUGUGGUAUGUUCAUGAUAUAAGGUAGUGCGUGUGUGAUUUAUGAGUGGUGCAUUAGUUUAGAAAACUGUAUUAUUGAAUGCUCAGUAAUAUCAACUGGGUAUCUAUAUCGAAAUCGGAUUUCUCAUUUGGACAGUCGCAUUGCUAACCAGUAAUGCCGCAGCAGUUUGGCGGGGGUCCUCUAUGUGAGGUCUGCGAGAAACCUGUAUUCUUCAACGAGGAGCGGAAACUUAAAGGCGCUAGCUAUCAUACUACUUGCUUCAAAUGUACCGAAUGCCUCAAAACUUUGGACAGUACCACGGUAGCUGAGCACCAAGACGAGCUCUACUGCAAGACUUGCCAUAGGAAGAAAUUUGGACCAAAGGGAUUUGGAUUCGGCGCCAAUUUGUGCACGGACAGCGGACAAUCUGAAAAAAAGCGAUCAUCGUCUGCAAACCCGAGGUCAGCUAUGUAUGGAGGUGGGGGUGAGAAGUGUCCGAGAUGCGAAAAGACUGUUUACCACGCGGAGAAAGUCAACUGCAUGAACAAAGUUUGGCACAAGAGCUGUUUAAGAUGUGCCCUUUGUGAACACGUUGUCGACUCGCGCACUGCGAGAGAGCACGAUAAUGACCUGUUCUGCCAGAACUGCUAUGCGAAGGAAUUCGGACCGAAGGGGGCACAGUUCAGUGGUACUACUGGGCCGGAUGGGGAACCGAGAGAAGAAGUACAGGAGAAAAAAGUUAACCCUCUAGCGGCGAAGUUCGGUGGAACGACGGACUAUUGUCCACGUUGCGGAAAGGCUGUUUACCAUGCUGAGAAAAAGGAAAUUCUAAACCAAAAGUGGCACAAAACAUGUGUGAAAUGUCUUUCAUGUGGCCGUGCAUUGGACUCUCGGACUGUACGGGACCAUGAUGGCGAACUCUACUGUGCAUCUUGUCACAGUCGAGACUUUGGAACGAAGGGCAUAGGAUGCAGUAUCGGGACCGGGGCACAUGCUGCGACUGAUGGGGGCUCGGAUGAAAGGAAAGAGGACCAACAGGACAAGAAAGUUAACCCUCUAGCGGCGAAGUUCGGUGGGACGACAGAUUACUGCCCACGUUGCGGAAAGGCUGUUUACCUUGCCGAGAAAAAGGAUAUUCUAAAUCAAAAAUGGCACAAAACAUGCGUUAAAUGUCUUUCAUGUGGCCGUGCAUUAGACUCGCGGACAGUACGGGACCAUGACGGCGAACUCUACUGUGCUUCAUGUCAUAGUCGAGAUUUUGGAACGAAGGGUUUGGGAUGCAGUGUCGCCACCGUUACAUCAGCUAUACAUGAUGGACUCCCGGAAGGGUCGCCGAAACACAAAGGGGCGACUUCCCCAAACCCUCUUGCUGCGAGGUUUCAGGGCACAACAGAUACGUGUCCCCGAUGCAAUAAAGCAGUUUACCAUGCAGAAAAAGUGGAAUGUCUCAAUAAGAAGUGGCACAAACAUUGCCUUAAGUGUAUUUCGUGUAAUAAUGCGUUAAAUUCCCGAACCAUCAGGGACCACGAUGAUGAACUAUACUGUGCUUCCUGCCAUAGUCGAGAGUUUGGUGCGAAGGGCUACGGCCAGCGUAUGGGUGGUGGUGUCCUCUCGGUAGAACAGGAAUCAACGUCCCCGAAAGCUCAACACCGCUCAACAGCCCCGAACCCACUUGCCGCGAAGUUUGGCGGUGCAAGCGAUACGUGUCCGAGAUGCAAUAAACCUGUGUACCAUGCAGAAAAAGUUGAAUGUCUCAAUAAAAAGUGGCAUAAACAUUGCCUUAACUGUGUUGAUUGUGGGCAUCAUGUGGAUUCGCGCACUGUGCGGGAACAUGCCGGCGAACUCUUCUGUGCUACCUGUCACGCGCGCGAAUUCGGUCCAAAGGGUUACGGAUUCGGAUCUGGUGCAGGAAUAUUGUCAACAGAAGGUGGUGGCGAAGGAAAUGAUAGCAAUCCCAAAUCUUCCAGUACCCCAAACCCUCUGGCUUCCAUGUUUGGAGGAGGUGGGAGCAUCUGUCCCAGAUGUGAGAAGAAGGUCUACCAUGCUGAGGCGAUGGACCUUCUGGAUCAAAAGUGGCACAGGCACUGCCUUAAAUGUGCUAUCUGCAACCACUCCGUAGAUUCGCGGACUGUGAGGGAACACGACAAAGAGUUGUUUUGCCAUUCCUGCUAUGGGCGGGAAUUCGGCCCAAAAGGCUAUGGAUAUGGUGGUGGCGCUGGUACGUUGUCGAUGGAUGGAGCAAACAAUGGCCAUGGCAAUCACGAAGGGGAAAACGGUGAUGAUGAUGAAGAAAGGAACUAUAGGCCAUCCAGCCCUAAUGCCCACGCUGCCAAGUUCGGUGGAAGUGAGGACGAUUGCCCGAGGUGUAAGAAGCCGGUCUACUAUGCCGAGAAAGUGGAUUGCCUGAAUAAGAAGUGGCACAAGGGUUGUCUCUGCUGUGUGAAGUGCAGCCAUGCGGUCGAUUCUCGUACCGCGAGGGAACAUGAUGAUGAGCUCUACUGCGCUACUUGCUACGCGAAAGACUUCGGACCUCAUGGCUAUGGGUAUGGUGGGGGUGGAGCAGGACUGUCCAUGGAAGGGGCUGCCGGUUCGAGAGACAUCUCAGCAGAAACGUUCUGCGCUCCAAUGAAAGAUGGCGUGAAAAACUCGUCUGCCAGCGACGGGGUGAAACCAAAGUGGGGUGGCGCGAUCGAGAAGUGUUUCAGAUGUGGAAACAGCGUUUACCAUGCGGAGAAAGCCCAAGGUGCCGGCGAGGUUUACCAUAAAUCUUGUUUGAAAUGUAAGGAGUGCAACAAGAUGUUAGAGGCUGGAACUUUCGCCGAGAAAGAAGGCGAAGUCUUUUGUAAAAGUUGCUAUGGACGCCUGUAUGGACCCAAGGGCUAUGGAUACGGCGGCGGUGCUGGUGCCUUAACUAUGACUCAAUAAAUUGCCGUAAGAGCUAAUUUGGCUUUCAUUAAAAAAUGUGCUGCAAUAGUAUUGUAUGCAGGGAAUGCCUUAUACACUAUUCGUCGAUUCAAAUUUUACACUGUACACCAAAACCAUUUGAUUUAAUCUCAACAAAAGCUAUGGAAUCCCCCCGUGUGAAGUGCAAAAUGAAGUUUCAUUGCCUUUUCUGCUCCAGUCAAUCGGUUUACAUGGUUGAAAGCUUAUUUCUCAAUAGCAUCCCGCGAAGUUACUAUUUAUAGCUCACAAGGUCAUUUGCAUAAGAUAUUGAUGACGUUUUAGUCACGUGACAGUCGGACAUCGACACUUAUUUCUACGCAUUUGAGCUUAUUUCAAAGUCAAUUAUCUUUGACCCUAGGCACAUUGUUUUUAGCAUGAAUGAUACCAUACAUAGAGUCAGAGAGAGAAAUAUUCAGAACAAUUAUGUAGUAUUUCCAACACUCGGACAUGUGCCCGAUUGAAUCUAACUGCCCUAGUUAGAAAGCCUGAAGCCAUUACGAAACCGCAUGUUUGUCCGAUAGUGCCUGUAAUUCAGCGUUAGGGAAAUAGAGUGCAGCAGCUGCAGUGACGUCAUCUUCGCGGAAUGCUAUUUAAACGAUAUCGUUGUGAAUGAAGUGUUGCCAUUGUCAUCUUUAUCAAGAUCAUAUAGCAACAGGCCAUCUUAAUGAAGAUUGCCAUAGCAACACGAUAUUUUACAUUUUUAUUGUAUUUGCUAAGACGUGUAGACAUUAAAGGGCGACUAUAGGCCUCAGCUAGGGGGUCAAAUUGCUGGUCUUCAGGUGAAUUAUAUGCACAGUUCGCAUGAUUCAGUUAUUAAUAUCUUCUUCGUACAUGCCUGAAUAGUUUUGAUGCACGGUGAGAUUGGAGAGACCCCUAUACUACUUUGUGUAACUUUGUGUAACUUUAUCUUGCCUACCUGGCUACUGCCUACAGUCACCCUUUAACAAAGGUAAAUUAACAAAAUGCCAAAUUUGCACGGGAGUUUUAUUUGCGCGAAUUUCACGAAUAACAACAAUUUGCUAAUAACAAGCGCAAAACAUUUUUUAGAAAGGCCAAAAGAAAUUUUGCAACCUGUCAAGAAAUGGAUGAAUCUUUAAAAGAAUUUGCGAAUCGCCAAAAAAUUGAGGUGAAAUCUCAUAAUGGUUAAUCAACAAUACAUUCACUUGGUUUGGGUUAUAUUCAAUAAAAUUCGUGUGGCCCAUUUUGGUUUUUAUAACACCAACACAAGUCAGAUUUCACCAAGUUGGUUAUCGUGUUCACAAUAAUGUCAAUUAUAAACAUGGGAAACCGUUGUGACACGCACUAUAUCCUAAAACAUGCUAACCUUGGCAAAAUCGUGCUUACUCUGCCAAAAUUGUGCUAACUUUGCCGACCUAUAAUUUGUGUAAAACAUCUCGUAAAAAAGUGGCAAAAUGUGAAAAAUUCGUACUUUUAAACCGAACAGACUUUGGAACAAAUUUCGAAAACUGUUCUUUAUCAUCAUUAAAAUGUAUUUCCGAUGAGAUGAAAUUUUCUCAGAAUUUCUUUAAUAUAAUUAUAUCAGUGUUUGUGUUCUGAUUGAUAUUCGAGGGUUGGCAAAGCUAUCCCAGUGAAGGCAAAGUACACUCUAAACGUUUUCGGGCAACACAAAUACAUGUAUGCACACCAAAGAGGUAUUUCGGUAAACUGAAAGAGGUUUAAACUGAAAAAAAAGAUAUUCUGAAAAACCUCUAAUCGUUUUGGAAGUGACUUGUUUUGCCCUGAAUGGAGAGCCGAACUCAUUAAUAUUCAUAGUUCUAGAAGAUCUGAUUAUCAUUCAAUGGAAAAGCGGUGUUCAACACUACUGGAGUUAUAGCGAAAGGCCUUAGCAAUGUACCCAAUGCAUUUAGAACGCCUAUCAGUUAAUCACAUACUCUUGUAUAUUCCUCUCCUGCCUUUUAUGACAAGAACACGCGUUUGGAAAAGAAAAAAAAACGAGAGCGUGAAAUCGGCCACUGUUAAUUAUGCGAAUAUUUAUUCAAAUAUUACGUGUCUGCUCUUCGAUUGGCUAAUGUGUUGUAAAGUCUCCGCCUCACAAAACAGGGUAGAAUAGUUUACCUAUUUGGCAAGCCGGUGUAAAAGAAAUGCAAGUCCCCCUGGAAUUUAAGUCCGGUCCUUUUGUUAAAGUGAAUAGAGUCGCUGAGUUCCUUUGUUGAAGAUUAUGUAGCUAACCCUAACAAACCAUUAACCACAUUUGUUGACAAUACACAGCUAUUGUAUUGGGUUAUGCAUUCCUAGGACGUCCAUUCCUUUUACACCGGGAUUGCCAAACUUGGUUGAUUUUCAGUGCUGUUGGGCAAUCGGCUCACCAAACAGGGCAAAAAAUGAUGCCUGUUCGGAGAGCGGCCUGCCACAAAUAUCCUGCCAAUAGUUUUUCGCUGAAAAACCUCUACAGAAGGGCAUAUUUGCUGAAAAACAUUUAAAGAUUAAAAGGUUUAAACCUUUAAAGAUUUUUACAAAGCUAAAAAACGUUUAUUUCUAGAAGCGUAAGAGCAGGUUUUGCAAUCCACCACACUCUUAAAAUAGUAAAAAUAACUAUUUUUUUGCUACUCGAUCAGGCCUGAGUUGUUCAAAAUCACAUUAGCUAUAUGACGAAGAAGUUAAGUCUUAAAAUUGUAAUGAGUUCAACUGAAAGAGAUAACGUCCUAUAAGUAUACUUAACGUAACUGUUAGGGAUAACGUGACUUUUGUGCUUUUGAACAAGCGGGCCCUGACAGUUGCCGUAGCACCGACAGUGAAGUUAAGUAGUUGUUUUAACUACAUUGUUUAUUGGUAACCAUUUUAAUGGCAAUUUUUACUACCUUUUUAGUUGGAACAAAUAAUUAAUGAUUAGUUUUUACUAAUUUCACAGUUGGUGCUACAGGAACUACAAAAGUAGUAGUUUUUACGAAUAAAUUUAAAGAGUGCAGCGGGUUUUUGAGGAGUAGGAUCCACAGCAUUUAAUUACUUGCCUCGUUUUAAUGAUAAUACACAUUUGAGUAGACACUAUACUACAUGUAUGUCCUCUCUUUAACUACUUUCUUAGUAAGCCAUAAUCGAGUAUGAAUGUUAUUAAUUUGUAUUAUACACUGCGGUGAAAAGUUUUUGCGAUGACCCCAAAAUUCCUCUCAUGUCCAAUUAACCUGUUUCCUUCCUAAUUAUUAUAACAAUAUGGAAGUACGUUUGCCCUUGUUCUCCAGAAAGAUACAAUAAUAGUGCCUCAUUUCAUCAAUUUUUGAUGAAAGCUUGAUGCUAUUUAAGUAAUUAUGCAGUAAUUACAUGUAGGCGCCUGGUGUUUCUAGUCAUUUUCUGAUAGUAAUAUCAUCAGACGCCUAAUUUCAAUACUGCAUCGACCUUCAUCAAAACUUGGGCCGUGUCGAAUUAGCGGAAUGAGCGGAUGCUGUACAGAAUAUACAUGUAAUAUAAUUUCAUACAAAAUGGAACUUAAUGAAUUCAUUACAUUUUAAUUCGUUCGAUACGCCACAGAGAUUAUUUAAAAAUCGUUUUUUUACAGUCGUUAAGCCAUGACUCGCAAUGAGGGCAUGAAAACUGGUAUGUAGGGACAGUUUAGUUCAGCCGGUAGCCGUGCGCAGCGCUGUAUUACCGUACCUCCUUUCGUAUUCAGAGUUCAGGCAUGGUGACGAGCAUCGCGACAAAUACUGGCUUUUCCAGGUGAUUGAAGCCCAGAAUCCGCUCGUUCCGCUAAUUCCACAUUGCGCAAAACUUGGUAACAUUGUAUCUUCCCAGAAAACAAGGGCAAAAGUAAUACAAUAUUAUUCCAUUAUUUAGGAGGGAAAAAGGUUAAUUGGAAAUGAGAGGAAUUUAGGUUGUCCUAAAAACAUUUGCAGAGUACUGUAACUGUAAAUUGUUAUUUCUGUUAUAUUUUGACUUGCUUAUUACUAAGUAACAAUGUUUAAAAAUUAUAGUUAGCUGUUUGUUCUUGAGAGUAUAAAUAGUCAAAUCGAUAGCUGGAAAGGUUUUGCCGGAUGAAUAUAUAAUAAUAAAGGUAUUGAUGGUGAUGGUUCUGACCAGCAGAUGUGUUUAAAGAAGGAGCAGCAAUUCAGUCUUCUAGCUUAGUCUAUAUUAGUAUGGUUAUACAUGAUAAUGUGCAACAAGAACUAGCUCACAGAAACAACGUUUACAACCAGUACUAUAAUUAAAUCUAGCGCCAAAUUUAGAGCUAAUUUUUUUUUUGGAAGUGACUAUUUGGCAAGCCCGGCUUACCAAACAGCGACUUUUUCUUGUCCUGAAUGGAGAGCCGAACUCAUUAAUAUUAAAGUAAAGUCUCCAGCUCGCCAAACAGGGUAGAUUUUUUACCUGUUUGGCAUUAAGCCCGGCUGGCCGAACAGGGUGGCUUUUUAGUGCUGUUUGGCAAGCGGCUCUCCAAACAGGACAAAAAAAAUGCCUGUUCGGCGAGCGGCUUGCCAAAUAGACCCGGUCUUUUUUUUACAACUGAACCAAUACGUACAUACUGUAGUUAGUGGUAAUUUGUAUGGUUUCUAUCAAGUAUACAAUGUAGAUCAAUCCAUACUUGUUUGUAUAAAAGUUAGCUUGAACGAAUUGUGAUUAGUAUGUCCAUUAGGCAGUGGUGCCGUAGGAGAACUCAAUCAUAUUAACCAGAUUUCGCGAGACCCGAACGAACGUCGACGUACGAAGUCUAUGGUGUCCUGUGCUAAUUUAUUUACGGGACGACACUAAUAAAUCGUCUUUUAUGCUUGAUACGAGGAAUUGGGGAAAAUUUCAACAACAAUUUGUCGAUGUCAUGCAUCAAACUUCGCACUUCGUUGUUCAUAACACUUCGUAAAGGCUUGCGAAACCUGCCUAUUACUUUAUAAUUCAAUCGAACCACUGAGAGAUCUUUGUGAUUUAUAUUCUACUGGAUCCACUCACCAAUAAGAUCCCAAAUCCGACAAUACCUGAUUUGUACCACCGCCACGAUGGGUAGAAUCUAAACAGCCGAACACAAUAAUAGGCCUUUCGCAGCCAUAAAAGGGGUGGGCUAUCUAUUCAAGAGUUAACAACGUAAUCGUCAUGACUAGUCAUGACUCAAGGAGGAUACCAUGGUGACGUCACAUCACGUGAUCACGACCCAUAUUACUGAUCGCUAUGGCCAAACAGAUUCAGUCUACUGACAGCACCAGCACUGAACACAUCUCCACGGCUCACUGUCUGGUGCACUCCUGUACACAAAAACACCAAUAGACAUGAAAUAUUGCAAUACCUAGUAUGGAUUCUUCCUGUGUAAAAUAAAAUUUACAGAGCAGAUUAACUUCCACGAAUAAAAAAGACGUUUGACGUGGCCAAAGUGCGGAAAUAAAGUCUCCGCUAAAAUACACUACGAAAUACUCUAGGCAAUGCACUACGCGAUACACGGUAGAGAUGCAGUUGAGUUUGUAAUUGUUUUGACUUAGAAGCCCGCCCAUAUCAUAAUAUAUUCAUGUAUUCAUGAAGUAUGAACUCAUUUCUGUCCCAUACAACUCUAAGAACAGUUAAUUUCUCCUUAAAUCAUCACCGAAACCGCGAUAUCCGCAGGAAGAUUUCGUUAUAGUGUCCGAAAAUGCAUGAUCUUACAGGGGCGCUAACUCGACAAAUAGAGGGGAUCUAUGGAGAUCUAUGAGAGUUUUAGGUCCUGCAGGUCUCGAACGUGUAAAAUCUGUAAACAUGCCUCCAAAUCCCAUUAUGAUAAUGAAGAGAUCGCCCCAUAUCUGGGAGACUGUUUUGAAACCAUCCUAAUUUUGGAAGAUCGGUGCCCGGCUAUUUGGUUUUAAAAACCCUAUUUUUCCCCAUCAAAACAGCACUUAUCAUUAUUCAAAUGAUAACUUAUUGUCUGAAGACUUAUUUCAUAGCAGAAAAGUACCAAUAACUCUGAUUUGAUGCGAAAAAUCUAACUUUAUUUGAUGACUUGAUUUUCCCUUGGCCGUGGAUCGGGUUUGUUUACAAUAUGCAGCUUCAUCUUGUAAAAGCCGUGACGUCACCGCGGUAUCCUCCUUGGUCAUGACUCUACAGCGGAACUUUUCAUAUUACAAUUAAAGACCAAUUGGAAGAAACGAAGACAAGCUAUCCCACCCCCCACCCCCCACCCCUUUGAUGGCUGCGACCCAUCGAGGCGGGAGUAAAAAUCGGGUAUUGUCGGGCUUGGGAUCUUAUUGGUGAUUGGAUCCAGUAUUUCAUGAUGUGACUGCAGCGACUCUGUGUUAUUCAUGAAUAUGUCGAUCCGAGCAUGUGGCAAUAACUUAAUCAGACAGAUGACCGACUUUUGGGGUUAAUCAUUUCACAAUUGUUUAUAUUUCGUCUGACCACUUUGUGUUUUACCAAGUGCACAUACAGAGGUAUGACUCUGUCAACUCUAAAUCAAAUUUACUGUGAUGUACUCUAUGUAGAUUAUCACGCUUAUUAAUUGUGAUUGCACGUACAAAAAAAGCAGUUGUGUUUAAGGAAUUGAUACCGAACUGGAGGUAUUGGUCGUCUCGCCAAAACCGCGAACUAGAAUUUAGACCAAAACUGAAGCAGAAACGAGAGGGUCCGUCAAGCAUCAUCAUCAUCUUGUGAUGUCCAUCCUUUUAAAUUGGUUACAAGUAUUAAGUAGCUUUUCAAGUAUUCUGUCAUAAUUUCACUUUUAUGGAACAGCCCAUUCUUUUCAUAUACAACGCCUGUAGCUGAGUGAAAAUCAUCAGUUGUUCUAUAUGUGGCCUUAUUACACCACACCAUUGAUUUUUCAAGCCUUUUAGCAGUUAAAUUGUCAAUGGUUGACCGCGACGCAUCAAAUACUGCGUGGGGUUGUGAAUCUGAAAUUUUGAUAUGAUGUUCCGGACAGUCGGAAAAGUAAAUGAUGAAAAGUAAACUGGUAGUUGACCACGGAAAUUUUUUGACAAUCGACAAAUUAGACAGACAUCGAUAUUUCCUCUCUUUUCAGCCAACUGGUAGAAAAAUCUCAAUUGCCGAAUUAGCAAAAUUCAAAAUUAUAUCUGUAGACUUGCUGCAGCAAAUAUUUCUUCAAUAACUCUCCAAAUAUGUACUUGAUAGUUAAAAACAUACUCGCGUCUAAUUGAUAGGUUUGGACCCUCCAACCUAUGAAUAUUCAUUGGUGGUAUUGUCUCAAGGCGCAAUGAAAAAAUAAUUUAAUUUUCGAUGUGAUGCAUCUUAUCAAGCAAAAUGUUGAUCUGCUUCUCAAACACAAUUGAGCCUUUUCGAUGAGCUUUUCUAUUCAAUACAUAUUUUGUUGAUGUGUCAUUUAGUUGUUAUUCACAUUCACAUGUUCAAAACAUUCAUUAAUAAAUGUGCUUAGUACAUGGAA